UGUGAGGGACUGACUGUGGUAUUACCGGAUCCACAGUCGAGCGCCGAUCAACUUCAGAUUACAUCAAGUCUGGAAGACACUUCAUUUACUCCCUGAAUAAGCGCCGAACUGCUGGAGUUUCCCAUCUGUUUAUAUAUUUGGGAUGAAAGUGUUUGCACCUUUUGGCACGAGAAUCAGGAGCGGACAGUAGCUGAUCACCCGCCUCCGAAGCAUGCACUGGAACGACUGAGCAAAUCACUCCAGCCAACUCAAACAAUCUAAAGGAGCUUCACAUCUCGGAGUUAACUCUUUAUUUAUCUUUUCGGGAAGACACGCAAAUGGCAUUGGACGUAUAUUUCGGGCUGUCCCACGACUGAAAGUUCAGCGUUGUUCCUGGACACUUGUGAAAAUGGAUAUAGGUCGGUAAAUUUCGGACAAAAACUGUUAGGUCACCACAAAAAUAUCUGGAUUCAAGCACGUCUCUGUGAACUGUGUGGAGUCUUAAUUUUAAAUUUGACACAUGAUCACGACCGGGUUUGUUAACCAGCCCGAACCCCAAAGCGGGAUCGACGGCCUUAAACGCGAACAGACAGACACUCGUUAUACCUGUGUGUGUGUCACUCAGCCUCUAUCAGGCGUGAUUUGACCUUUUGUAAGGUCAGAAUUAGAAACUUUACCAAUAGAUGAAUACAAUAAAACAGGCUCGCGCUACAGUGUAGCCUACCUAAGUGAAAGGUAGCAACUAUUUUGGUAACACAGACACACGUUGGCCCAGAAGCCGUCUGUGCAACAUUGCGCGACACAUUUUUCCUCCAGGCAACGCUAGAAAAAUUGGAGAUAGAAUUUUACGAUGAGCCAUGGAGCCCCUCCGCUAGGACACCUUACCUACACGCCACUAUAUUGAAUGUGGAACGGAAACCAGGAGUACAGUCGACCGAACGGAUCUUAUUUUCUCGCGGGUUAGUAGGUUUGGGUCUCCCCGAGUACCAUAGAAGAUGGCUGGAAGCGACGGCUCGUGGAAAUAUUACCUCUGGAUUCUGACAGUCAUGUGCAGAUACACGUUACCCGCAGCCAAAUCACUGGAGUCUGUCGUGUGGAAUUCACAAAAUUCCAAGUUUGUGUCAGGGAAAGGCUUGGUGAUCUACCCAGAGAUCGGGGACAAACUGGACAUUAUCUGCCCCAAAGGGGACAUGGGGCGGCCGUACGAGUUUUAUAAACUCUACUUGGUAAAGAAAGAACAGGCAGAGUCCUGCAGCACCAUACUGGACCCUAAUGUACUGGUCAAUUGCAACAAACCAGAGAAAGACAUCAAAUUCACCAUCAAGUUCCAGGAGUUUAGUCCAAACUACAUGGGGCUUGAAUUCAAACGCUUCACAAACUAUUACAUCACUUCGACUUCAAAUGGAACACUGGAAGGCUUGGAAAACAGAGAAGGUGGGGUUUGUAGCACGAGAUCCAUGAAGAUCAUCAUGAAAGUGGGCCAAGAUCCAAAUGCGCCAGAUCCAGAUUUAACAGACCUCCCAGAGCGGGACCAGGACAAUGAGAUCAAGAACCCCACGACAAGCCCUUCCCGCAAAAGAGACAGAGACAGAGAGCGAGACAGAGACACAGAGGGAAACGGAUCCAUAAUGCCUGGCAGAGACACGAGGAACCAGGAGAACAAUGCAGGUUCAGUGGAAGGGAUUUUUGGCUCUAAACCUGCUCUCUUUGCUGCCAUCGGAGCAGGCUGCGUCAUCUUCCUACUCAUCAUUAUCAUCCUCAUCGUCUUACUCCUCAAGCUUCGCAAAAGAACCCGCAAGCACUCCCAGCCCAGGGGUGGGCCUGCCCUGUCUCUCAGCACUCUGGCCACGCCCAAGGGAGCCUCCCAGGCUGGUUCCGAACCGAGUGACAUCAUCAUCCCCCUGAGGACAACAGAGAAUAACUACUGUCCACACUAUGAAAAAGUGAGCGGAGACUACGGACAUCCCGUCUAUAUAGUGCAAGAAAUGCCCCCCCAGAGCCCUGCCAAUAUCUACUACAAAGUCUGAGAGAAAGAGAGAGAAGCAACCGCAAUAAGAACAUGUUUUUGUAAGGUAUCCUAAAUCUUUUAUUUCACUACCUAACCCCAUGUUAGAAAAAGGAUGGAGAAAGAAAAGUUGAAUGGAAAAAGACUUCCUUCCCUCUGUCCCUUUCCGAACACUACACUGUGUGUAUGUGUCUGUGCUGCUCUCUCUCUCUGUUUGUGUGAAAUGGCAAAGAAAACCCCCCACAGUGUGUGUUGCACUCAGGCACGGACUUCACUGCAGAAGAACAGCCUUUAACCAAUCACAGAGGGACGCUAGAUUGACAUCACAAUGCAGGAUGCUCUCAUUUGUCUCAUUUGUGUGUUGUUUUCUACCUAAUAAUGCUUAUUUUUUGUCUCUUGUUCACUGUGUUCUUCUGUAUCAACCCAAUCCUAGCAGCUUUCACACAGUGUCUCUCUCAAAACAAUUAUGUCUUAAACACUAUUAUAACCUCCGCUCUUCUCUUCACGCACUCAACAUAUCCUCUCAUCUCGUUUCCUUAAGUCUCUCCAGAUACCCAUCCAUUUUACACAACCGCAGAAGCAAUUGAACAAAACACAUACGCGCGCGCACACAUCGGUGUUCACGGGUCAGUACGAGCAGCCUCUCAGUGGAAAAAAGAGUGAUUGAAAUGGAGAAUUUAAAACCUAAAACAGUGACAAAUAUACAUGAGACUUUCCGACAUAGGUUCAGCUUUACUAGAUGGAUUUUGUUCAUUUAAGAAUUAUUUCAGUUGCAAUUCUAGCAGCAGAAUACAAGUAGAUAUUUGCUGUCCAUAAUCAGUGAUGCGUGUGAAAUACGGAAUGAUAUUUGUAUUUUGUCAUUAUUUUUUCCUUUUUUUGUCAAUUUCCCAGUGUUUUGUAUAUGUCAUUUUUUUAUUUUUUAUUUGCCUCUACACCACAAGCCUAUGACCUCUUUUCAGUCACAAAACAUUUUAAUGCAUAUCUUUGCAUAUUUUAGUCCACUAACAUUUUUGGAUAUUUUUUUUUUAUAUAAUUCAUGCCUCACGGUCAGCAUGUAGACAUGGACUGUAUGAUUGUGUGUAUGUAGAGUACCACACAAAAGCCAUAAACAUACAAACAAUUCUCAUAUUCCUUCACCUCUCCUUCCUGUUGCUCUCAGAUAUGCACAUACGUUAUCCCUAUUAGCAUAUGAACACACUUAUGUAAAAAAUUAUAAUUCCAUGAAUCAGCUAGUGAAAACUAGUCCACCAUAUCGUCAUAGAAAAUCUAGUGCUAAAUCUAUUUUUAUAUGGACGGCACGUGAAACAGUAAACAGUGGUGGCAGGUGUGUUUACGCCUUUGCUAAUCUAAAAUUAGCAGCAUUUGCAUCUGGCCUCCAGCGCAGCCAUUCAGAGAAAGCCAAUGAUUCUUUCUGGUGUAACAGAUUUAAAAAAUAUAUUCUUUUGUUUAGGGUUUGGUGCUGUUGUUUUUGUUUCCUUUCUUAUUUUAGUUUCUAAGCCCCGAGAUUCUGUAUAUAUAAUGUAUGUUGGGAAUUUUUUUUGAAUAUAAAGUUCCAUUUUAUUAGAGACCCAGUUUAUGAAAAUAUAAUUAGGAUUUUUGAAAAUGCAAAAACUUUUGUAAAUAGGAGUCUUUUGGAAAAAGACAUUUUGUAUGUAAAAUGUUUCCUGUUUCAUGCUUUUCUCCCUUUUUCCCUCUUUCGUUGGUUUUUGAUUAAGGAGACAGAAGUCCCUGUAGAACGGGUUUCAAAAGGUCAGCCUAAAGCAGCAAAAAGAGUAUUCAACUCCCUUGACAUACACACACAUACAGACACACACUUUAUCCUCACAAUUACACAACGAGAUUCUGGUCUUUUUGUUUUGAUUUAUUUUUACAAAUGCUGCAAUUGAGGUCAACCAGGUCAACUAUUUUAUGCCAUGGUUCAUGGAGUAGGUAAAGAGAAGAGUUAUUACUCAAGAGAUGCCUGAACAAACACACACACACACACGCACACAGACUGAGCAGCCACACAACAUACCUACACAAUAAACAUAAUCAUAUACAAUACAAGCACCAGCCUACAUGAACAUAACUAAACCAGCAGCAGCUAGUGUAUCUAAACUGAAUAUUUCAUGUUGUGUGUUCGCCUGAGCAGGUUCUCACAGUAGAUCAGCUCUUUAUUGAAUUAAAUUGAAGGAGCACUUAGCAGAAAUUCAUGCCUUUGUUUUUACCCAUAGAAAUGCAAAGCAGGAAUGGCCUCACAAAUUAGCCCUCAUCCGUUGAUGUACCGUUUGGAGUAUUAUGUAACCAAAUUACAAUAUAGCAACAAUGUUUACCCCAGUUCUGACAUUAACAGAAGUUUUCUUUACAACCUAAUUAACAGCAUCAUCUGUGAAUUGCUGUUCCUGUAGUUUUAUGGCACGGCGCUGCAGUAGUGUGAUCUUAUUCCGGAACUAACUCAAGUUGGAGGCAGCAGUGCUUUGUCGCACACUUAACAGCUGUGAGGUAGUAAGUCCUCUCUAUUCCAGUCUAAUUCUGUGUUUAAACACCUGUGAUGUUGUGUGCACAGUUCUUGCAGCCAUUUGACAGCAGAACUGAGGAAAUGGAGCUUUUUGACAUCUGUUAAUUACAUUUUCCCUGGUGAGCUUCACUAAGGUUGACAUAUUUGAGGAGAAUGUAUUUAAAACUCAAGCUUUCACACAAACACACUCAUUCUCUCCCCCUCAGGCAUAAUGGCAGAUUGGUGGCGACUUCUGACCCUUUAAGGAUUAUCACAAUAUUAUGAGAGAGACCAAUCUAAUGAGAAAACCUUUCCCUGGCCUAGAUCCAUCCACAUCACAUACAGUUUAUCCACUCUUUUGCUAAAUGUACUUGUUCGUAGAGGGGGUCGGUGGAGCGGAGGCCUAAGGGCAACCGCAACUUCCACAAAUUUUUUCACAGAAAAAACUUUUACAGCACAUCGUUUCCUCUUGCCGUUGCUUUUUUGUUUUUUAAUUAUUAUCAUUAUUCAGUGCAAUUACAUUAUUAUUGUUAUAAUUUUCUUUUACUAAAAUUCUGUUGCUGAUUUCAGUAUAAUUGAGUUCAUUUUUGAUGUAUGUGUUGGCAGUACUGAUGCCGCCGCCCCUGGCAACAGUGUUUUUUUGUAGAAUUUAGUGUCCUCAGAUUUCCCUGAUAUAUGACACUAAAGCCAAGUCUCAGCCCUCAGAAAGCAUUUUAAAAGGAUAAAUAAAGUUUUUCCUAUGGAAGCUUCCGUUCUCUUUCAUUCCUGCCUGCUGUCUGUGUGAGAGAAUGAGAACUUAAGAUGUGUGUGUGUAGACAGAUGAUUGCAGCAGUUGGUUUCUGUCCGAUGUCAUAAUACACACAAAUACACAGCACACACAUUUCAAACACAACAAGCUGUCUCGGCAAGUGACUCUCUCUGUCAAAAAUAUUUCAUAAUGCCGCAGGGUAUUUGUCCCUGGCCAUUCAACACUCACACACAAACACACUGUUUAUGUCCGCACAUUAAAGUUUUAGUGAGUCUGCAGUCGGUGGCUGGAAUGCGGAGAAGAAAAAAUCCAUACUUCUAUGAAGUAUGUGGAAGAUAUGUCUUCUUUUACUGCAAUCUUGUUGUGACCAGCAUUAUGCUGUGUAAAAUAUGUUUAACCAUAUUUCUGAUGUGUAUAGUAUGCUGACCCAAAAAAU